CUUUUGUUCUGCAUCUAAUGUUUUCAUUAGGAAACUGGGUGCAGCUGAGGGAAGAGGAGAGACAGAGAGACUUUCAAUACGUUUUUGGGCACUGAAUACACUCUGUACUCCAGGUUUCCUCUCCUACGCCAUGACCCGCCCCUACACCAUCUCACUUGGACUCCUGCUCCUCCUCAUUGGCUACGCAGCGGCAGGACCCGAGUCUGCGCUCCAACCCAGAGAUGUCCGGCCGAGUGCCUGUCAGGACCACAGUACUCUUCACGACAGACUGGAUGUAGUGGAGAAGCAUGUAGAGGACACAGUACAAAAGCUGGAGGCUGAGCUGGCCAUGCUGCUGGAUGCCAUAGAAGCCCCUGAGUGGAGUCCCCUGCUGGAAACUGUUGGGAAACCUGUGGUGGACAUCCUGGACGGCCAGGGACUGGGAGAGAAUGGCGACUCCUGAGAGAGGAAGAGGAGAAGAUCUCUGUUGAGCAGCUACUAAUUCUACUUCACUUUAGCUUUAGGAAGUGAUGAGGGUGCACCUGGCUAGGUCAAACAAUGAAAGACUAAAUGUACAGUCUCUGCUGUUUUGCUGAAGUUGUAUUUUGUAAGUGGACAAAAACGGUAUAAAACAAGCCUUCUAAAGUGUAAACACAGGCUUAGUAUAUAUUCUGUGGUACAGUCGCUAGAUCACAACACUAAAGCUUAAUUGUCCCCGUAAUACACUGCUCUGUUCCUCGGGCACUCAUCCUUUCUCUCGUCUUUGGCUGAACUUGAAUCCCUACACCCAGGGGUAACUGUGUCCCCAGCCUCUCCGGAUGUUUACAUCAAAGUCGUAAACCAUUGAUUGUUUUCUCUGGUAAUGUCUUCUGUUUUGGGUGGGAUUGACCCUUUUCUGUCCCAUGCCUCUCUUCCGCCCCCUGGUGUCAGUCAAGAGUGACACAUGCAGCACAGAGUCACGAGGUAGACCUUGCCCUUUAACACAGAUCAAGAAUCAGGUUACCCUAACCCCCAAUCCAAUACCAAACCAUUAGGGGGCUGUAAAUAAUACCUGACCCUGUAUCCGUGGUUAGGGACCACUAAUCAUCUCAAUGUGGAUGAAUGACAAAAACAAAAUCAUUACAGAGACUACUAGAAGGAAUGUAUUUAUUUAUCAAAGCAGUUAAAGCAGUAUGUUUCAAUACACAGAGCAGUUUGAAUAGGUACAGUACAAGGCUUCCACUGAGACCCAGGCUAGUUGCAAGUGUAUUUAUUUAGUCACCAUAAAAAUGUUACAGAACAUGUUCAAAAUCGGAUCACAAAAAGGAGAGGGGUCAUAGAUCAUCAAACCAGGUUUUUUUUUUUGUUCUUAAAAAUAAUAUACAGUAUUUUACUAAAUGUUUCUACAAAGAUCAGACACUAAUGUUAGAUGUGAGAGCGGUGAUCCUUAUCCAGUUCACGGUAAAGGUCCCGUGGUAGUACUUACAACAAUGUUAUCCGAUAAACUAGAAUGUAAACACAUUGGUAAGAACGUGGUUUCGAUUUUUUUCGCGAGUUAGGCAAGCAACAUCCGAUCAGGAAUGGAGAUGAAUUUUAGAUACCAAGGGAAUGAUAUUAGGCUACAAUAUUGUUGAAAAAAGCUAUCCAGGGUUCUAUUAAAUCCCAUGACUAUUCAUUACAAAUACUGAACAUAAUUACAUGGCCAUUUCUAGCAGUGGAGACUGAGCAUCCAAUCAACUUUUUAAUCUAAUCGUCAUUAGAGGACAAUGUAAAGACAUGUCAAAGAGCUGUAUAUAUACUGUAUAUAAUAAACCUGUGGUUUGAAUUGAAGAGAGCGGCCCAGAAGUGUAGAAGAAGGAUAUCAAGGAUCUGGAAGGAUUCUGUACGGAGGAAUGGUCUAAAAUCCCUCCCAAGGUCCUCCAAUCCAUAAAACAUUUGUAUUUUGUAAAUGUCUCAGUACUGUUAUCCUCGUGAGGUAUUGAAAGGUAUUGAAAAAAAGGGUGACAAUAAUUUUGACCCCUACCUUUUGAAAAAAGUCAUAAUAUGAUAGUAUAUGCCAUUUAGCAGACGCUUUUGUGCAAAUAUGAAAGUAUUACUUGUUAAACAAAAUAUCUUUCUCUGAGCAGUUGUAUUAGUAUAAAAUAAUAUAAUUUCCCAAACAAUAUAGCUCCGUAUUUGAAUUAUUUAUAUGGUCAUUUUUGCAAAUUUUUUUCAAGGGUGUGAUUUAUUUCAGACCCCACUGCAUGUGUGUGUACAUACAUACAUACAUACAUACAUACAUACAUACAUACAUACAUUGCAUUCGUACAGUAUUCAGACCCAUUGACUAAGUUUUUGAUACGUUACAGCCUUAUUCAAAAAUGGAUUUAAUUGUCCCCCCCCCCAUCAAUCUACCCCAUAAUGACAAAGCAAAAACAGGUUUUUAGACGUUUACUUAAAAAAUGUAAACUGAAAUAUCACAUUUACAAAAGUAUUCAGACCCUUUACUCAAUACUUUGUUGAAGCACCUUUGAAAGUCCUUUAGGUGCCGAGACUUCUUGUGUAUGACGCUACAAGCUUAGAACACGUGUAUUUAGGGAGUUUCUCCCAUUCUUCUCUGCAGAUCCUCUCAAGCUCUGUCAGGUUGGAUGGGGAGCUUCGCUGCACAGAUAUUUCAGGUCUCUCCAGAGAUGUUCGAUUGGGUUCUUCAGGUCUCUCCAGAGAUGUUCGAUCGGGUUCUUCAGGUCUCUCCAGUGAUGUUUCAUUGGGUUCAAGUCCGGUUUCUGGCUGGGCCACUCAAGGACAUUCAGAGAAGCCACUCCUGCGUUGUCUUGGCUAUGUGCUUAGGGUCGUUGUCCAGUUGGAAGGUGAACCUUCGCCCCAGUCUGAGGUCCUGAGCUCUCUGGAGCAGCUCUCUUUCCCUCAAUCCUGACUAGUCUCCCAGUCCCUGCCGCUGAAAAACAUCAUGAUGCUGCCACCACCAUGCUUCACCGUAGGGAUGGUGCCAAUUUCCUCCAGAUGUGACGCUUGGCAUUCAGGCCAAAGAGUUCAAUCCAGAGAAUCUUGUUUCUCAUGGUCUGAGAGUCCUUUAGGUGCCUUUUAGCAAACUCCAAGCGGACUCUCAUGUGCCUUUUACUGAGGAGUGGCUUCCAUCUGGCCACUCUACCAUAAAGGCCUGAUUGAUGGAGUGCUGCAGAGAUGGUUGUUCUUCUGGAAGGGUCUCCCAUCUCCACAGAGGAACUCUGGAGCUCUGUCAGUGUGACCAUCAGGAUCUUGGUCACCUUCCUGACUAAGGCCCUUCUCCACCGAUUGUGCAGUUUGGCCGGGCAGACAGCACUAGGAAGUGUUUUGGUGGUUCCAAACUUCUUCCAUUUAAGAAUGAUGGAGGCCACUGUGUUCUUGGGGACCUUCAAUGCUGCAGAAAUGUUUUGGUACCCUUCUCCAGAUCUGUGCCUUGACACAAUCCUGUCUCGGUGCUCUACGGACAAUUCCUUCGACCUCAUGGCUUGGUUUUUGCUCUGACAUGCGCUGUCAACUGUGAGAUCUUACAUAGACAGGUGUGUGGUUUUCCAAAUCAUGUCCAAUCAAUUGAAUUUACCACAGGUGGACUCCAAUCACAUUGUAGAAACAUCUCAAGGAUGAUCAAUGGAAACAGGAUGCACCAGGAGCUCAAUUUCAAGUCUCAUAGCAAAUGGUCUGAAUACUUAAGUAAAUAAAGGUAUUUCUGUUUUUAAUACAUUUGCAAAAAUGUCUAAAAACCUGUUUUCGCUUUGUCGUUAUGGGGUAUUGUGUGUAGAUUUAUGAGGAAAAACAACUAUUUAAUCGAUUUUAGAAUAAGGCUGUAACUUAACAAAAUGUGGAACAAGUCAAUGGGUCUGAAUACUUUCCAAAUACACUGUGUGUGUGUGUGUGUGUGUGUGUGUAUACACACACUACUGAUCAAAAGUUUUAGAAUACCUCAGUCGGGUUUUUCUUUAUUUGUACUAUUUUCUGCAUUGUAGAAUAAUAGUGAAGACAUCAAAACUGUGAAAUAACACAUAUGGAAUAAUGUAGUAACCAAAAAAAGUGUUAAACAAAUCAAAAUAGAUAUUUUAUAUUUGAGAUCAUUCAAAUAGCCACCAUUUGCCUUGAUGACAGCUUUGCACACGCUUUCUCUAAACCAGCUUCAUGAGGUAGUCACCUGGAAUGCAUUUGAAUUAAGAGGUGUGCAUUCUUCAAAGUUAAUUUGUGGAAUUUCUUUCCUUCUUAAUGAGUUUGAGCCAAUCAGUUGUGUUGUGACAACGUAUGGGGGUAAUAUAGAAGAUAUCCCUAUUUGGUAAAAGACCAAGUCCAUAUUAUGGCAAGAACAGCUCAAAUAAGCAAAGAGAAAUGACAGUCCUUCAUUACGAUAAGACAUUACGAUAAGUCAAUACGGAAAAUGUCAAGAACUUAGAAAAUUUCUUCAAG